UCCAUUUUGACAACUGUCAUUUAACUGUCAUGGAUAAAAUUCUUCGGCGCAUUUUUAUAUGAUAAAAAACGAAGGGUUUCAUUAUACGAUUCACGAAAUUUCUAAAUGCAAAUAGACAUAACUAGACAUAUUUAUCGAGACAAAUCCGAAGAGAGCCGUGUCCUCUUCGGAAAGGCAGGGCGCCCUUUUGCGCUACGUCCCUGGAAGAGUUUGGCGGCCCCUCUACAUACAAUAACACGAACUAGUCGUUCGCCAUAUCAUCGGGAGUGUUGGCUGGUGAAUAGAGUGCGAUUUAUCGCGACCAGCGACAAGAUCGGGCCUACGAGGGUGUCGUCUUGUCGACGUGACGUCCGUCGAACCACGAGGCGACUAGCCCAGGCUGGGAAGCUGGCGUUAGUCGAUCAAACAACAGAUGACAGAAAAGCUAUGUGCUGUAUGAAUUGAGACACAACAUGGAGCCAAUAUUAGAAGAAAAAUGUGAAAUGAAAGUAUUAGCAAUAUCUAAUACGCAAACUGUUAUUGCUGAUAAAAAUAAAAUAAUAAAGGAAUCAGAAGCAACAAAUGCAGAAAAAAAGAAACAUGAAGAACGCAAGAAUGUGUCCAAUGUCAAGUCAAAAAGACCUGUCGCAAAAGUCAAAUCGAAAAAAGCUCGAAAUGUAGGUCAGUCGAGUUAUGAUCCCACAAAACUAGAGGAUAGUCCAGCACAGGUAUUGGAACGCUUCAAGAGAGGCUGCGAGUGUGUCGACGAUCAGUGCUUCAAGGAUUUAAAUACUGAGGUGGUUUAUCGGCAUAGACUGAAUAUCGCAGAGUUGACCAAGGCUGAGCAUGACAUGUAUUUAAUGGGCGUAACUAUGGCAUGCUUGACGGAUCCUUAUCAAACUGCCCGACAUACAGAACGACGUAGAUUACGCGCACAAUACGUUUAUCAGGGUCGAAGAGUGUGUUUAGAUGCAUUUUUAUACCUGGAGAAUUGCACGCAUUAUCAGAUCAAACGGAUCCGAAAGCAUCUAAUGACACACGGCGUAACGCCACGCGUACAUGGCAAUCACGGCAAGAUCCCGCACAACACAUUCUCGCUGGAUAUAUAUAAGAUUGCGACGGAAUUUCUGAAGAACUUUGUUGAGGUGCAGGAGGCCAAGCAGAAAACCAAACUCGCUAAGAACGCGCCGCUGCAUCUGUCACCGGACAUCACGCGAAAAACAGUGCACGAUCUAUACACGCAAUAUUGCAAAAAAAUAUCACCUGACAUUAAGAGCAUGGGCUAUUCGACGUUUCGGCGAUUCAUGAAGGUGCAGUUCCCGCAGGUGAAGUUCGCCAAGUUGGAGUUUAUUGUGAGAAAUCAAACCACCCAAAGUCACUGUCAGACGGAACCCGAUGCGAAAGAUGAUACGGGUCAGCAAAAGUCAUCCAAACCAGAGUUACAGACGGAAAGUGGCACGUUAUUGCCGCUUGUGAUAACUCAUGAUUUAGGGCAGAACGAGACCUAUGUGCUAACGCCUAUCAGUAAAUUACAGGACGGCGUGAGUUAUCAAGUUACUACGCGCGGGUUGGUAGUUAACAGUCCCACUAUCACAUUGUCGAAAACGAACGCGGUAUAAACUAGAAGAUUGCAUGUGAGAAAAUAUAAUAGAUAUAUAUAUUAUAUGAUAGCAAAUUGUACGUAUAUAUGUAUGUAUAUGUGUGAAUGUGACAUAUGCGCCUAUGCUGUAAGGCUCUAAUUCUUUAGUAAUUUUUUCCAAUAUCUCGCGCCUUAACCGAAAGAGAGAGUACAGUAAUAUAUUGCACACACGUUAGAUAAUUGUUAUUAUUCGGAAAAAUCUCAAUAAGAAUAUUUUAUAAAUCUGUAUAAGAAUAA